UGUGAGUGCGAGAUUUUACUUCGAACGAAACGCGAUCCUGUGUGGUAUAGAAAGUGGAGUGUAGGAAUAUCGCUAUUUUUCGUUGAAUUCGCUCCAGUUCCGCCAUUUAGCGGAUUGUGUCGAUAAUGGGGCCUAACAAGUGACUCGAUUUAAUCGCGAAAGUAGCCAAAAACGUGAAUUCGAUCGUGAAAAACUCAUUUUUGUUUGAUGCAAGGUUCCAGCGCAGUCGAAGAAUCAAAUUCCGACCGCCAGAGUGACAGAACGUUCUUUUGCCUGUCCUGCGGUGUUUGUGCAACGCUAGUUGUCCCUUUCGCUCCCACAGCUUCUUCGCGGAGCUCGUGGUGUCUGCUCGAUUGACGAAAGUGUGCGUGAGACUGCCAGGUGCGUUUUUGACAGGAGAAACACGGCAACAACAAUAAACCUUCUGAUCGCAGGACCGUCAUCUGCUUCGUUGUUGUGCUUCGGGGUGAGAAUCAGAAAAAAACUACUUUUAUCGGCCAGUUAAUUCGGUAGUGCGUGCCCAUUAAAGGUGGUCACAAUUUCGAAACAUAAGCUAGAACCGUUCGGUGGUGGUGGAGGUGGCGGAUCUAGUCGUGAUCUGUUCGGAAAACGACUGAAAUUGUGGAACGCAGCAGCAAUUGGAGGAACCGGAGGCAAGUCAAAGGCGGAAGAAGAAGAACCGCUGCUCAGCGCCAUGAAUAUGACCGAAAACGAUCGGAAAAGAGCCAACUUUUCGGCGCUCAGCAACACAAACGGUGCAGUUAUCAAGAUGACCACCAACACCGGAACGGGGAAACCUGGCGACAUCAAAAAGAUUGUCAUUAAAAACUUCAGAGCUAAACCAACUCUCCCAGAGAAUUAUCAGGAGCACACAUGGCAGAAGCUGCGAGCGGCUGUCGUCGCCAUCCAAACGUCCACACCCAUCGAAUACUCGUUGGAAGAACUGUACCAAGCAGUGGAGAACAUGUGCAGCCACAAGAUGGACUCGCAGCUGUAUGUCAAUCUGACGGCGUUGGCCGAGCAGCACGUCAAGGCCAACAUUACUCCCUUCCUCGCCGAGUCGGUCGAUAAGUUGGUUUACCUAAAGAAGAUGAACGAAUGCUGGCAGUCACAUUGUCAGCAAAUGAUCAUGAUAAGGAGUAUUUUUCUGUAUCUGGAUAGAACGUACGUCCUGCAGAAUCCCACAGUUCACUCAAUUUGGGACAUGGGUUUGGAAUUAUUCCGUGAUCAUAUAGCAAUGAACACAUUAGUGCAGGCCAGAACUGUCGAAGGCAUACUGAUUUUGAUAGAGAAAGAACGGAACGGGGAUGCAGUCGACCGAACUUUACUCAAGAGCCUACUCCGAAUGUUGUCUGACCUGCAGAUUUAUAAAGAAGCUUUCGAGCAAAAGUUCCUCGUUGCAACGAAACACCUCUACCAAUCAGAAGGACAAGCCAAGAUGGAGGAACUAGAAGUCCCCGAAUAUCUGCAACACGUCGAAAAGCGGUUACAGGAAGAAAACGAACGUCUUCUGCACUAUUUGGACAGUUGUACGAAGCACCAGUUGGUUGUGACCGUCGAACGGCAGCUCAUUACAGAACAUAUAACCGGAAUUUUACAGAAGGGCUUAGACCAGUUACUGGAAGAGAAUCGUCUAUCCGACCUUAGCUUGUUGUAUUCACUCUUUUCACGCGUUAAGAAUGGAACAAUCGAACUGUGCGCAUCUUUUAAUGCCUACAUAAAAAAGAAAGGCCGCACGAUCGUCAUCGACCCAGAGAAAGAUAAAUCUAUGGUACAGGACCUGCUGGACUUUAAAGACAAACUGGACAACAUUGUCGUGACGUGUUUCGAGCGAAACGAUAAAUUCUCAAACUCCCUACGAGAAGCGUUCGAGUACUUCGUCAACCAGAGAUCGAACAAACCGGCGGAACUGAUUGCGAAGUACGUGGACAUGAAACUACGAGCCGGUAACAAGGAAGCCACUGAGGAAGAACUGGAACAGAUCCUGGACAAAAUAAUGGUGCAGUUCCGGUUUAUCCACGGCAAAGAUGUGUUCGAAGCGUUCUACAAAAAGGACCUAGCGAAACGGUUACUCGUAGGAAAAUCUGCUUCGGUGGACGCGGAGAAAAGUAUGCUGUCAAAGCUGAAGCAGGAGUGCGGCGGUGGAUUUACUUCCAAGCUGGAAGGCAUGUUCAAAGACAUGGAACUGAGUAGGGAUAUUAACAUCGCAUUUAAGCAGCACAUGGGCAACUCAGAAAACAAAGACUUGCAGAGUAUCGAUUUGACGGUCAACAUACUGACGAUGGGCUUUUGGCCGACGUAUCCGGUGGUGGAGGUCACAUUGCCCCAGGAGCUGCUCCAGUACCAGUCAGUGUUCAACAAGUUCUACCUGGCAAAGCACAGCGGGCGAAAGCUCCAAUGGCAGCCGACGCUAGGACACUGCGUGCUGAAAGCACGGUUCGAUGCGGGGCCCAAAGACUUGCAAGUAUCAUUGUUCCAAGCGCUAGUUUUGCUACUUUUCAACUAUAAUCCCACUAUAUCGUUCGAAGACAUAAAAGUAGCAAUCAAUAUAGAGGACGGAGAAAUGCGUCGCACACUUCAGUCGCUUGCCUGUGGGAAAGCGCGUGUCCUCACUAAAAUCCCCAAGGGCCGCGAAGUAGAAGACAACGAUAAGUUCCAGUUCAAUAAUGAGUUUACGAAUAAGCUCUUUAGGAUUAAAAUUAACCAGAUUCAGAUGAAGGAAACGACGGAGGAACAGAAAGCAACAGAGGAACGCGUCUACCAGGACCGACAGUACCAGAUAGACGCUGCGAUCGUACGCAUUAUGAAGAUGCGAAAAACGCUCAGCCACAAUCUACUUAUCAGCGAGCUGUACAAGCAGCUGACCUUCCCAGUUAAGCCGGCUGAUCUGAAGAAGCGGAUCGAAUCCCUGAUCGAUCGUGACUACAUGGAGCGGGAUAAGGAUAACCAAAAUCAAUACAACUACGUUGCCUAAGUUCGCUAGAACCUUUCCAUCGGAGGCAAGCCAAAUACGCACUUCUUCUUUAGGAGCGACGAAACACCCGACGACGUACUGACGUAGAUAUCUGAACCUCCCCUCUUUCAGUGGAAAGUGUACAAGCUAAGAAUUGAAGCUACGUUGCUACACGCUCGAACACACUGAGAAAAAAAAAACCUUUUGUAAAUACUUUGAAAACCUAAAACAACAAAAUAUGUUUGCUAGUGUUAUUGACAGAGAAAAAAGUGGUGGGCUCACUAAGGUUACAACUUGCACUAGCAACUCUUACAAAUUCAAGAAGAAAAACUGGAAAACUUGAACAUGCUGUAAUUGCGGAACCUUUGCCGAUAUAAUGGAAAAUCAAUAAAAAUAGGAAAAUA